ACGGCGACGAAAGUGCCCGGAUGUUCACCGCUCUAGGCAACAUCGCUGCGCUAGCUGCCUGCUGGUUCCCCACUUCCUGAAUUCACAGCAACAGGAGCCAACUUUACUGACACCGGAGCGUAUAAUUUUGUCCCGAUAACCACACGAUAAGCUUUGGGUUUUGAACUCCAGCGUCGUCGGCUUGCGUCGAGGAGUGUCGCCGCUCUGCUGCGAUGGUGGAGACUCCAGCGGGCUGUCUGUUUGAAGACAUCCAGUACGAAGACAUCCAAGUUGAAGCGGCUGUUGGCAGAGGGACAUUUGGAGUUGUCUUCAAGGCCGUAUGGAAAGGAAAAGAUGUAGCAAUCAAGACCAUUGAGAGUGAGAAUGAAAGGAAUGCUUUCCUCGUUGAGCUCCGCCAGCUCUCCCGGGUCAAUCACCCCAACAUUGUUAAGCUGUACGGCUCCUGUGACAACCCAGUCUGUCUGGUCAUGGAGUAUGCAGAAUGUGGCUCGUUGUAUAACCUCCUGCACAGCGCAGACCCACAGCCCCACUACACAGCCUCGCACGCCAUGAGCUGGUGUCUGCAGUGUGCCGAGGGAGUUGCCUAUCUGCACGCUAUGAAGCCAAAGGCCUUAAUUCACCGAGACCUCAAACCACCAAAUCUGCUGCUCGUGGCUCGUGGCACGGUGCUGAAGAUCUGUGACUUUGGAACAGCGUGUGAUAUUCAGACCUACAUGACCAACAAUAAAGGCAGCGCAGCCUGGAUGGCACCAGAGGUGUUCGAAGGCAGUAACUACAGUGAAAAGUGUGACGUGUUCAGUUGGGGCAUCAUCCUGUGGGAGGUCAUCACACGCAAGAAACCCUUUGAUGAGAUCGGCGGCUCGGCGUUUUGUAUAAUGUGGGCCGUCCACAGAGGUACGCGGCCGCCCCUGAUCAAGGACCUUCCCCAGCCCAUAGAGACUCUGAUGACUCGCUGCUGGGACAAAGAACCCAGCCAGAGACCGUCCAUGGAGGAGGUGAAGAACACCAUGAGCCAGCUCAUGAAGUACUUCCCAGGCUCUGAUGAACCACUCAAGCUCCCUCACCAGUCCUCAGACAGCAGAAGCGGCUCCUCGUCGGCCACAAGCACAGACUCGUAUGCGGACUACACCAUCAACAGUAACAAGAGUGACGACAACUCCGAACACAGGAACUCUGUCGGCAGAGAAGAAACCCUGAAAAGCUUUGAGGCUAAAUUUCCACUCCAGUUCAAACCCUCGAAGACAGCCACGCUGCGUGCUGGGCUGUCCAGAGGGCCCAGUGUAGACAGCCAGCCAGGACGCUGCCAAAGCCCCACGCACUGCACCAGCCCUGUAACCACCACCAACCAAUCAGAGUUGAGGAUGACGUUUUGUCCCACAGCUACCAAUGGUUUGGACAGCUCCAUUCCCCUGGCCUACCUGAAACUGGAUCACCAGUUACAGCCGCUGACUCCGUGUCCAAACUCCAGAGAGUCCAUGGCCGUGUUCGAGCAGCACAUCAGGAUGGCGCAGGAGUACCUCAAAGUCCAGUCAGAGAUCGCUCACCUCGCUCUGAGGAAACAGGAGCUAAUGUCUGAGCUGGAGCAGGACCAGAGGGAGCAGCAGACUUCGUCGCGACUCAUCCAGGAGCACAGCAAGCUGCUGGAGGAGAACAGCAACAUGUCUGCCUACUGCCAGGGCCUGAAGAGCAAACUGAGCCUGAUCAAGAGUCAGAACCAGCACCACAGCUAGGAACAGGAGCACCGCCGCCGCAAACGGUCCACAUCUCCUCUGUUGUCCCUGACGGAUGAGAGGAAGCACUCCAUGCACCCACCGUAAAGUAGGGAAGCCCGUUAACCCGAAAAAAAAAAUGAACAUAUUUUACUUGCCACAAAACAUUGUACCAAGAUAACUUUAACACAGACGGGGCUAAGUGGGCAGAACGUUGGUCCUCUAACAGAAAGCGUGCUCCAUAUCUCCGGUUCUGGCUGUUGGAAUGUAAGUGCUACGACAAACAAUUAGUUUUAGCGACCGCACCAACUAAAUCGCAGCCCAGGCAUUUCCAGUCGGUACCAAAAAUUCCCUCAAGAACACCAGUGUAGAAGGCGUCGUCACCACAGGACAAUAAGUGAGUUUUUAUUCGAUUUUUAUAAAAAUUACACUUUUGACGCAAGACAUUUCGAUUUCCUUUGACUUUAAAUAUAAAAUAUGAGUUAUCUUGAGAUAACUGAGCUGUGAGAUUAAGGAGACGUAACAAAAUAAUUUAGCAGCUGCCACAUCCCGUCCGGGCCUCCUCCGUACAUUUGAUGACGGGGAGGGUCGGACAUAAAACUCAACGUUCAUUUUUAAUAUUUCACGACGGUGUUGAUAUGGUGGGACCAAUGAGAUUCACGUGGACUUGUACUCUGAAAAUGGACUUUGAUUCAGAAAAAAAAACGUCACGGGGUCCGAAGGUGAGCGUCCUAUUUAGUAUUUUCUUUCUUUUUUGGAGUUGUUGUAAAAGUAACUACUAUUGUAAUACUACUUUUUAUAUAUUCUGUUUUAACACACCCAUUGUAUUGUGUUUUAUGAAAAGAGGAGCGGUAUUAUUUGAAACCAAUUUUGACUGUGAAUACAAGACUUACCAAAGGAGUUGUGCUUCAGAGACAUGCUGCCUCGGAGCACGGGGGUGUUUGAAAUGGAAAUAACUAGAAUAAUGAACCUGGCAGGCAUUUCUAUACCUAUCUGUUUAAUUUCUUUUUUUUUUUUCUUGGGUUACUUUUUACACACACAGUUAUAUUUCACCGAAUUAUGUUAACAUUGUUCUGCACUGCACUUACAGUAUUUGGGUCAAAGAAUGGUGUUGCGCACGUGUUGUAGCCUCACUUUGGUUUUGGGGGAUUUCUAUGACAGUGGGUGACUUUGGGAUGGAUUGUUGUUUUUAAUGCAUUUCUUCAAACGUUGCCUAAGGAUUGUUCCUGUACAGUUCAUUUAUUUUUUUUUUUUUCCAUCUCGGUUUGUUUUAUAAAACAUUUCUCCUGCGAUUUUAAAAAUGUACAGACUGCAAUGAUGUGCUUUUAGAGAGUAAAACAAAGUUUGUAGUA